UGUAUAAGUUCCCUGACUGGCUAUGCUGCUUAGAUUCAUUUUUGGACUGUGACAGGGAAACGACAACUUGCUUCUUGGUUUGGUCAUUUUUAUUCUUUUUUUUACCAAUAUGGCCUCUCUGUACACUGGGUACAGCGGCUACACUGGCUACACCAAACCACCCCAAACUUAUGUUGAUGGCUCCUACUACAACCCGAAACAACCACAGACUUAUGGUGACUACUACCAGGAUUCUGUCUACGAGGAGAAGAAACAUAAUGAAAAGAAAGCCCGGCGCUCUGCAAUUUGUUGUGAGGUGGUCGCCUUGGUCAUCGGAUUCAUCGGUCUCAUUGGCGUUGCUGCAGUCACCGGUCUCCCGAUGUGGAAAGUCACAGCAUUCAUCGAAGAAAACAUCAUCGUCAUGGAAACACGCUGGGAAGGUCUGUGGAUGAACUGCUACCGUCAAGCUAACAUUCGAAUGCAAUGUAAGGUGUAUGAUUCUUUGCUGUUUCUCCCACCUGAUUUGCAAGCUGCUCGAGGUCUCAUGUGUAGCUCGGUAGCAGUGACAACAAUCGCGCUAAUCGUUUCGGCAGUUGGGAUGAAAUGCACCAAAGCUAUAGACCACCGUGCCCGCACCAAGCAUAUUGUAUUAGUAGUAGGUGGUAGCUUGUUCUUGUUGGGCUGCGUAACCACACUGAUUCCCGUUUCUUGGACUGGACAUGUUAUUAUCCGUGAUUUCUACAACCCUCUGCUCAUUGACGCCCAAAGGAGAGAGCUGGGCGAAGCGCUCUACAUCGGGUGGGUGACCUCAGCUUUGCUCUUUACCUCUGGAGUGAUCUUGCUUUGCAGGCAUGCCCCACGCACCCAGGAAGCAGAGGCCCUAAAGUACCAAGGACAACCUCCGGCUUAUACCUACCAACCCUAUACCUACCAACCUGAAUACCAACCAGGUUAUACCUACCAACCAGCCUACUCUACGCCUCCACCUGGGUCUGUUGCCUACACUCCAACCCAGUACUGAACUGGGUUAAAGUUAACCCAUUCUGGAGACAAUAUACUCUUUUUUAAUUUUUUUUUUUUUUUUUAUGUGUAAAACAAUAUGACAGGACUGAUGCUGAAAAGUGGCCACAUUUUUUGUUAUCUCAAAGUGAGCCAAAUUUCACUCUGAAAAAUAAUGAUUUGAAUAAUUG